CUUUUUUCCCAUUACCUUUUCCUUUUCCUUUUCCUUUUCCUUUCCUUUCCUUUCCUUUUCUUUUCUUUUCUUUUCUUUUCUUUCCUUCACUCCUCUGUGUUUCCAUCCACUCGACACCAUAGACUGAUUCAAUCAUCAUUCAUUUUCAUUUAUUUGCAUUCCAUCCCAUUCAUCUAAUCAAUCUACUUUAUUUCUUCUCUCACGGCAUAUAUUCAUUCCAUUCCAUUCCUUUCCUCACGACAAACUACAUCGACGCAACCCACACAGCCACUUCUCCAACCGCCUAAUCGCAUUCACUCUAUUAUUUAAUCCUCUAUUUCUCACAGAGUGUUCAUCAUGGUCUUAUUCCGCACCAUCUCUCUCUUGGUCGCGGCCUCGGUCCUGUCCCUGACCUGGACCGCUGAUGCUGCUGGUUGCAGAUACAACAACGGUCUUGCCUGUCCAAUGGAAACUCCCUGUUGCAGUCUUCAUGGUCACUGUGGAAACUCUGCCUUAGCCUGCGGAGCUGGCUGUGAUGCAGAAGCCAGUUUCAACGGUGCAUGUGUUCGUUACAACUAUGGAGCUCCUUCAGCCAACAACAACAACAACGAUAAUAACUCCAACGACAAUGGCACUCAACCAAAACCAAAACCCGUCCCUACCCUACCCAAGGGCUCUUUCAAGAUCGUGAGUAACAGUUCUGGAGUAGCGGCUCAACACAUCGCCCUUGUCACACCCACAAAGAUGCUCAUCAUUGACAAGGCCGAGAACAACCCUGCAAAACUCCCCAGCGGUAAAGCCGCUCAUGUAGUCGAAUAUGAUCUCAUCAAGAAUGACUACAGAGUUGUCGACGUAGCCACAAAUACCUUCUGCUCCGGUGGAGGCUUUUUACCCAAUGGUACCUUGAUCAGUGCUGGUGGUGCUGAAUCUCGCAAUUCCCGUACGUUCGAGACUUCGGCAGGCUUCCAAUCUCUUCGAAUGUGGCAACCGUGCGAUGAUGGUUCUUGCACCUUUAUUGAGAACCCUGCAGAUCCUGCAUGGCAAAUGACCGGUAACCGUUGGUAUGUCUCCAUCACCACUUUGCCCUCUGGAGAUCUCUUUGUCCUCGGAGGAAGCAACGAAUCCCUGGCGAUCAACCGACAGGCGACCAAUAACCCGACCUGGGAACUCUACCCCAAACCAUUGGAUUACAAACCUGUUCUGAUGCAGUUCAUGAUCGAUGCCAUGCCCAACAACUUGUACCCUAAUGUCUACACCUUGCCCGAUGGUAAUCUUUACAUCUUUGCCAAUCAGAAAUCAGUCAUCUACAAUGUCCAAACCCAACAAGAGGUCAAACGGUUGCCCGAUAUUCCUGGUGGUCCCCGUUCCUAUCCCCUCACAGGAUCCCAUGUCCUCUUGCCCCUGGAUCCCGCAAAGAACUAUCAACACGAGAUCCUGGUCUGCGGUGGAUCCGAGGCCAUGUCCACACGUGCUAACGCUCUGCAAUCUUGUGGUCGUAUCAAUCUCCAUGCGGAUGACCCUCAAUGGGAGAUGGAUCAGAUGCCCACCCCCCGUCUCAUGUCCGAUGCAGUCAUCCUGGCAGAUGGAAAGAUCAUGCUCCUCAACGGUGCUCAACAGGGCUACGCUGGUUUCCUUCGUGCCUCAAACCCAAUCUACACUCCCGUUGUCUACGAUCCUGAGGCUCCUCUCGGUCAGCGUUUCACAGAAUGGGUGCCUAGCAAUAUUGCACGUAUGUAUCACUCCGUUGCUACACUUUUGCCCGACGGUACUGUCUUUGUGGCCGGAUCCAACCAGAACUCGGAGGUCCGAUAUGAGAACGUCCCCUUCCCUACUGAAUAUCGUGUUGAAUCCUUCACUCCUCCUUAUCUGACCACUGAUCUGGACAGACCCGAGAUUGUGAGCCAGAUCCCAGAGAUGGUGACCUAUGAUCAAAAGCUCGAUAUUACCAUCGACAUCAAGGCCACGGACAAGUACGAGCCCGAGAUCACCUUUAUAUUGGGCCGACGUGGCUUUGUGACCCAUAGCACUCACAUGUCACAGAGAAUGAUCAAGUUGGUGGCAACAAAGUCGAGUGAGGAUGGUACCAAGAUCACUUACUCCGUAGCCAUGCCUCCUAAUGCCAACUUGAUGCCUCCAGGUCCACACUACAUCCAUGUCCUGAACAACGGUGUGCCUUCAGUAGCUGUGCAUCUGCUUUUGAAUUAGAGUAUUUACUUGAGAUUGAAGAUUGAUAUAGAAGCUUUUGUGGAAUUGUGGUAAGGAAAAUGCUUAGAAAAAAGCACUGGUUUGCUUUAAUAAUCAUUUCUCUCUGUCCUGUUCCCUUUCAAAUAAAAAAUAAAAUAAAAUAAAAUAAAAUAGAAUAAAAUAAAAUAAAAUCGACAUUAAC